AUGAUUCCUGAGCCGACAGUACAUCGAAAUCCUGUACUCGGCGUUCAUUUGGAUGAAGAGAAGAGCUCCGAAACGGGAGAUGUCUUAUACCUAUACGACAUUGACUUGACAUCUGAAGGCUAUUAUAAAUGUGAAGUAAGCGCUGAUUACAGCUUCCAGACCAUCCGAAUGGAGAGCUAUAUGACUAUAAUUGUUCCGCCAACAAAACCGCCGCUCAUUGAAGGACACAAAACCUUUUACUCAAUCGGAGAAGUGGUCACUUCGUAUUGCAUUCCUUCCUAUUCUAAGCCAAAGCCAAGUAUUAAAUGGUAUAUCAAUGGAGAAGAAUCGCCUGAAUAUUACAUAAUCGCUGCCAAUAUUACCGAUGAAUUCACGUCUGGCAUAAACUUCACACUUGAAGAAAUUAGCAGCGAAGAGACUAUAAUUAACGGCACAAAUGAAUUGGAAAGCGUUCCGUUAAUUUCUGGUCUGAAAUCAAAGUACACGUUAGGAGAGUAUUUGUACGUUAACUGCAGUAUUCCUCACAUGAUUUAUGAAACAUCUCAGCCCCGACUCCAAUGGUUUAUUCAUAAUCAAAAGGUUUGCGAUUCAGGAUUCAAUUUUAUCAUCUAA